GUGGCAUGGCAACAACGGCGCUGUCCAACACCGCACGAUUUCCCGAACAAAAUGGUGUGCUGAUAUAUUGUGAUUAAACCCCGAUUUCUGUCGUCCCCAAAGCGCCGUUCGAGAAUGUUUUGAGCCAGCUGCAGUUGAGAGCACCCCCGCCAACGAGAAGAGUCGAAAAGUGCAUAGAAAGCACCGAAAUCCGAACAUUAAGCCAACCAUUUUUUUUAACCAGUGUCGUAGUGUCCAUCGUGUGCGUUGGUGUUGGUGCGUGUGUGCGUGCGUGUGCGUCGCCCGGUGUGUUUGUGUGAGUGUUCCGUCGGAAUCGCGAAAUCGAGAAUAUAGAAAGAUGUGCUCCAUUCGCUGGUGGUGGUGAGCUAUAGCAGAGGCUAUAUAGCGAAACCGACGGGCGAGUAGUCCCCGCAACCCAAAAAUCCAGAUCAAAUCCAAAUCCCAGCCUCCGCAGCACAAGAAUUUCGACCCAUUGAAAAGAGCCCCACAACAAGAGCCACAAAAAUGCAACCCUCCCCGCUGCACUACUCGACGAUGCGGCCCCAGGCGCCCGGAUCGCUGGUCGAUCCCAACGAGGACGAGCUGCGCAUGGCGCCGUGGUACUGGGGCCGGAUAUCGCGGGAGGAGGCCAAGGGCAUCCUGCACGGAAAGCCCGACGGCAGCUUCCUGGUGCGCGACGCCCUCUCCAAGAAGGGCGAGUACACGCUGACCCUGAUGAAGGACGGCAGCGAGAAGCUGAUCAAGAUCUGCCACAUGGACCGCAAGUACGGGUUCAUCGAGAAGAACCUCUUCAACUCGGUGGUGGAGAUGGUCAACUACUACAAGGAGAACUCGCUGAGCAUGUACAACAAGACGCUGGACAUCACGCUGAGCAAUCCGAUAGUGCGCACCUGCGAGGACGAGGACUCCCAGCCGCACGGCGACCUCUGUCUGCUGAGCAACGACUUCAUCCGCACCUGCCAGCUGCUGCAGAACCUCGAGCAGAAUCUGGAGCAGAAGCGGAACUCCUUCAACGCGAUCCGGGAGGAGCUGCAGGAGAAGAAGCUGCACCAGAACGUCUUUGGCAACGCGGAGAAGAUAUUCCGCAACCAAAUCAAGCUGAAUGAGUCGUUCAUGAAGGCCCCCGCGGAUGGUGGAGCGUCAGCAGAGGCGGGAGGACCCGCUGACGGAGCCGCAAACGCCGAGUUGGCCAAUGCCAAUGCCCGCCGGAGUCUGCAGGCGAGCAAGCAGACGCUCCUCGACCUGCUCGAGGCGCUGCAGGCCAAGGGACAGGUGCUCAACCAGUACAUGGAGGGCAAGAAGAAGGAGGAGCUGCUGCUCGAGCGACAGAUCAACGCCCUCAAGCCGGAACUGCAGUUGCUGCAGUUGCGCAAGGACAAGUACAUUGAGCGCCUGAAAGGCUUCAACCUCAAGGACGACGAUCUGAAGACGAUCUUCGAGAUGGGUUUCGACAAGUGGCUGCAGCGCCACGAGACGGUCUCCAACCAGCCGCACAGCAACGAAUCCCUCUGGCUGCUGAAGGAUGCCAAGCGCAGGGAUGCCGAGGAGCUGCUCAAGGGUUCGCCGGCGGGCACUUUCCUGAUUCGGGCCAGGGAUGCGGGUCACUACGCGCUGUCCAUUGCCUGCAAGAACACCGUGCAGCACUGCAUUGUCUACGAGACGAACAGCGGCUUCGGAUUCGCCGCCCCCUACAACAUUUAUCCCUCACUGAAGAAGCUGGUGGAGCACUAUGCCAACAAUUCGCUGGAGGAGCACAACGACACGCUGACCACGACGUUGCGCUGGCCCGUCCUGUACUGGAAGCAGAAUCCCCAGCAGAUCCUGACGCAGCUGCAGGAGGAGAUGGACCUGGAGUACGAGCCGGCGUCCACACUGCGGCCGCCGCCGUCGAUGAUGAUGGGCAGCAGUGCUCCCAUUCCGGCGAGUCGGUCAAGGGACCACCACGACCAGGUGGACGGAAUAGAGAUCGGAAGCCUCGAGACGGACACGGCUCCCGCCUCCAUUUCCCCCUCGAACUUCAGCACCUCGCAGUAGGAACAAGCUGAACGAGCCCCUCAACCUCAGGCUAGCUAUCUAUCUCCUCUCUCUAAAUCCAUAAAGCCCUAACUCUCUCUAUCUCUAGAUAUAAACGCGGUUGCGGUCCAAAUAAUAGCACUGC